AUGGAUGCCCAUAGGUUGAGAAUUGGAUCGUGGAACAUCGGGACAUUGGCGGGUAAGUCUAUAGAGUUGGCGAAGAUUCUACAGAAGAGGAAGGUCAAUAUAGCUUGUGUUCAGGAGACUAGGUGGGUAGGAUCGAAGGCAAGGAAUGCGGACGGGUAUAAAUUAUGGUACUCGGGAGGCAAGAAGGGUAAGAACGAAGUGGGUAUUUUGGUGGCUAGGAAACUCAGAGAGUCGGUGGUAGAGGUCAGGCGGAUGGAUGAUAGAUUAAUGGCGAUUAAGUUAGUAGUUGGAGAGAUCACUUUGAAUGUUAUUAGCACCUACGCGCCGCAAGCGGGCUUAGAUGAGGAGUGGCUAUGGCGAGGUGCAUGCCGGCUUCGGCUUGGGGAUAGGAACGGAGGAGGUACUUCACUAUUGGAUUUCGCUAGAGCUUUUGAGCUGGUGAUCGCGAACUCUAGUUUUCCAAAGAGGGAGGAGCAUUUGAUUACUUUCCGGAGUAAAUUGGAAGCAAAGAAAGCGGAGUAUCUUAGGUUAGUGGAGAGCACAGACGAGAAAGAGAGGAGAGCGAAGAGAGGAAGGUAUAAGGAAGCCAAGAAGGAGGCGAAGUUAGCGGUCGCGGAGGCUAAGACUGCAAUGUUUGGUCAUCUGUACGAGGAGUUAGGGGUCAAAGGAGGGGAAAAGAAGUUAUUUCAGCUGGACAAGGCGAGAGAGAGAAAGGCUCAUGACCUGCAUCACGUGCGGUUCAUCAAAGCGAGGAAGGCAGAGUAUUGA